UGGGAGCUGACACCACUGCAGACAAACUGGUCAGAGACGAGGCCGCCUGCUGGGCUGUGAGUCACGUCAAUCUGGGCGGCAGCGAGACUUCAUCACUCGGAGGCAGCACAGAGCGAGGAUCCAGACUGCAGGAUGACAAAAUAUCCCGUCAUGCGGAGAAGGACACAGCCG